AUGCGUCCGUUUCUCCUAUGGCUUUCGCUCUUCCUAUCUGCACUAGGUCAGCAAUUCUUUGAUUUGGAUGAACCUGUGCCCUUUGAUCAGCUUUCGCCGGAUGCCCAGUACCACAGCUUGGCGCAAGAUUCUCUCUUGUGGGGCCCAUACCGAAGCGGCAAUUACUUGGGCAUCAGACCUCGGAUCCCCCAUUCGCUCAUGCUGGGGCUUCUCUGGUUCCCAGCGGAAAGUCUGAAUGCCUUUUCUUCCGGCAAACAUUUUUAUGAACAACUGCACAACGUGGGAAAAGCAAAUUGGGUCCAGUUUGAUCCUCGGCUAGGAGGCCGACAGAUUAUAUCCGACAACGACUGCCACCUUGACAUUACAAUUGAUUUUGUCAAGAGCGACAACGGCAGAAAUUGGGGCGUGAAAGUUCACGCCAAGCCUCACAAAGGCCACGAGUCCGUCAAGACAUCCUUCGUGUGGUACUCUGGGUUAGAAGGAGAAAGCGAUUCAGAAGAGGCUCAUGGAUUUUUGAAGCUUGAUACCGCCAUGGACUCUACGGGCUAUGACGGAGAAGUCACCUUGGCUGGUCUUUCGAAAGAUUUCGGCCUCUUCACUCUUCUGGUGAAUGACGCAAAGACAGGAGCAAAAAAUAAACACCCACGGGUCAAGAAACUCUUUUUGCCCGAGUUGGACCCUAGAAGAACCCACCACACCAGCCUUCGGGUCCCCGACGACAACGUGUGGCGUGCUGGCGAUAUUUUCUUCACGCUCUUGCAGGAGAGUAUCCAAAACCUAGUUGAUGAAUUCGGUGACGAUAUUAAAGAAGUGCCACCUCUGCAGGGCCUUGUCGUACGCAAUUUGCAAAACUACGAAGGAAACUUGCACUUUGUGCAGAAGAUUUACCAAGGCGAAUGUGAGUUUGAUGUUAUCUACAACGAAGCACGUUCACCUCCCACUGAAAAAAUCACUUUUGAGAACCUCCAAUCUCGUAUUAGCAGAGCACUUGAUGCGUUUGACACUAAAUUUGCGCAAAAGUACCCAUUAAGCAAAGUCUCCGCACCAGAGAAGGAAUUUGGAAAGGAGUUGCUUUCCGGUCUCUUGGGUGGUCUUUCUUAUCAUUAUGGUGACCAGCUUGUAGACCGGGAAACUGUAGUCGAUACAGAUGAUCUCCCCGUCAAUGUCAAUGGUGAAACACACCUUCCAAAAUUAAACGGAAAACCCGAGGGACCUUACGAGCUUUUCACCUUGGUGCCAUCGAGACCAUUUUUCCCAAGAGGUUUCUACUGGGAUGAGGGCUUCCACUUACUCCCAUUACUUGAGUAUGACUCGGAUUUAGUGUUGGAAAUAUUCAAGUCAUGGGUUGAUUUGAUCGAUGACGAAGGCUGGGUCGCCAGAGAACAGAUUUUGGGCCCGGAGGCUCGUGCAAGAGUGCCAGACGAUUUUGUUGUACAGAGUCCGGGAAUUGUAAAUCCUCCAACAUUGAUGCUCGCCUUUACGUAUCUACUUGAAAGGGCAAAGCUCUCCGACUUUGAAAACUUGGACAAACCAAUCAACUUUGACGCAGAUAGUAUCACACAGAGUAAUCUUGGACAAGUUGUUGUGCACAAUCCUCAAUUGCUCAAAAAUUAUACUAGAUCAAUCUACCCAAAACUCAAACUCCACUACGAGAGAUUCCGCAUCUCGCAACAAGGCCUGGUGGAAGAGUUUAACAGAGGAGAUAAUACGGAAGCGUACAGAUGGCGUGGAAGAACAACUUCUCAUUGUCUUGCUUCGGGAUUGGACGAUUAUCCUCGAACUCUUCCUAUGGAUACAGCAGAAUUGAAUGUCGAUCUUUUAUGUUGGAUAGGAGUCAUGACAAGAUCAAUGAAACAGAUUGCUGAAAUUUUGAACAUCGAGGAGGACGCACGUUCAUAUGCCACAAUCGAGGAAAAAAUCUUUGAAAAUGUGGAAAAGCUUCAUUGGUCUCCAGAUGACGAAUGCUAUUGCGAUAUUUCGGUUGACGAAGAUGAUGAAAAUGUGUUUGCAUGCGUUAAGGGAUACAUUUCGAUUUUCCCCUUCAUCACCAGAUUCAUCAAAGAGGACGAUGUUGAGAAAUUGGAUAGCAUCGUGUCACUCAUUGCGGAUCCUGAUGAGUUGUGGGGAGACUACGGCAUUCGGUCGGUAUCUAGAUCAAGUUCUUUCUAUGGUACUGCAGAAAAUUAUUGGAGAUCACCAGUCUGGAUCAACAUCAACUAUUUGAUUCUCGAUAAUUUGAAACAUUAUUACGAUGUUUCCGGAGCAUACAUGUCCCCUUCACUUAAGCAAAAAUUCAACGCCACCUACACUGACUUGAGAAGCAACUUGAUUACGAAUGUCAAGAGAGAAUGGGAAAAAACAGGGUUUGUGUGGGAAAAUUACAAUGAUAUGACUGGCGAGGCCAAAGGAGCAAAAAACUUCCUCGGAUGGUCUUCCCUUGUACUUCUCAUGAUGGAAAUGCCCUCUACUUUGUAA